GUGUUAUCAACAUGUUGUGGCUGCAUCCCUAGGUGAAAUGCUUCCACUUCCUGUUCUAGGUGUAACGCGCAGCCCCCCUCAGAGUUUCAUUACAGACCCCAUACUCAGUCCUGGAACCCUGAACCCCCCCGAGGGGAACCCAACUUUCUGGAGAAAAUGACCUCCUGACUACAUGGGCACCAUGGACCAAGGCAACACGACUCUCCAACCAAUCACUGGGGCGAAUUCCAGACAGACCCCAGCAGCCAUGAGGGCCACUCACCUGGCUGCGGCCAUGCUGCUCUUCACCACUUUGCCAGAGGGUGUGGUGGGGAACGGGCUGUACCUGUGGGUGCUGGGGCUGAAGAUGUGGAGGACGGUGACCACGCUCUGGUUCCUCCACCUGGCUUCCUGCUACCUCCUCGUCACCCUGCUGAUCCCCUUCUUCGUCGUCUACCUCUUCCUGGAUUUCCACUGGGUCUUCAGCAUGGCCAUGUGCAAGCUCCUGAAUGCCUGCAUCUCUAUGGACAUGUUCUCCUCUGUCUUCCUUCUCGCUCUCAUCAGUCUGGAUUGCUACACACUCACCUGCUACCCCAUCUGGUCCCGGCAUCACCGCACUCUGACCCAGGCAUGAAAACUGGCUGCAGGUGUGUGGCUGGUCUCCUUCGCUCUCAGCACUCCCUACCUGGCUUUCUGGGACACCCAUGUGGAUGCGGGCAGGAUCACCUGCAUCAAUAAUUACACCCUCUCCAGAGACUGGAAUGGAGCUGAGAUGCAGGACCUGGGGAGAUGGGUCUACCUGGCCGUCUUCACAGUCCAGUUCCUGCUGGGCUUCCUGCUUCCCUUCUGCACCAUCACGGGCUGCUACGUGUGCGUGGGGCUGGAGCUGAAGGUGAAGGGCCUGGCACAGAGUGGGAAGCCCUUCAAAGUAAUGGUGGCUGUGGGGGUGUCCUUCUUCCUCUGCUGGCUGCCCUACCACCUCUACUAUGGCUUGAUGUUCUACAGAAAUGUGCCGCAGUCAGUAACAGGCAGCUUCCUGGUCAUUUUCAUCAUCAUGUUCUGCUUCAACGUCUGUUUCACCCCAGUCCUCUACCUUUUUGUAGGGGGGACGUUCCAGCAGGUAGCAAGGACAUCUCUUGUUGCUCUGGUCAAAGCAGCUUUUGAUGAGGAUCUCAGUAGUGAUGGGUCUGGACCUGAAUCUAGUAGGAGACAUGGGCCAGAAAUUGACACCAUGGAAAUGGAGAAAAACUUGGAAUCUUGUGGGUUCUAGAGUCUUGGAUAUUCUGGACAUGAGUUCCAGAUGUCUCGAUGUUUUAAAACUGAAUAGAGUCCCUUGGGUUCUAGAUUCCUAGCUAGCCCCAUAAUCAUAUGUGUUCUACGUUUCUUGGUGUGUUUAAAAAAUCCAGUAGGGUUCAGAAGGUUCCAGGUUCCGGUUUGGUUCUAGAACCCAGGAGGUGCCAUGUCUACAAAUGGUUUUAAACUCGAUAGGCUCCCAUGGGUUCUAGAUUCCAGGCUGGCACUACAACCUUGGUAGUUUUUAUAUGUCCAAAUAGUUUUGCACAGCAUAAUAUCCCAUGGAUUCCAGAUCUCUCAAUGUGCCAAAGCCAGGUAGGGUCCUGUGGGCUCUAGGUUUCUGAGUAGUACUAAAAUCAUGAUUUCUGAAUGAUUUAAAACUCUGUGGUGUCUUGUGGGUUCCAGAAUCCUGGCUGUUUCUAGAAACUUCUGUGCUCUCAAAGUAUUAAAACCUGAUCAGAUACCAUUUGUUCUACAAUGUCAUCAGUUCUAAAGCCAGUCAAUGUAGUAAAACCGAUUUAAUGGUGGGGUUCUAGGCUCCUGUCUGGUUGUAUAACCUCAUGGUUCUAGGUCUGUCAAUGGUUUUAAAUAUCCAGA